UCUCUUCAAGCGGUUAAGAUGUGUGAAUUUUUGUCGGAAAAUAAUAUACGUAACUUCUUUCAAAGUGUAUGGUAUACGUUUCAAUUCCAUAUUAACACGUAUACGGUAACAGGCAGAAUGAAUAAAAGUAAUAAAUGAAUGAAUUAAAUAAGAAUUUUUGAAUAACAAUAAACAUUAAUUUAUUGCAUUUUAUGUAAAGUAAGAAAGAAUUAAUUAAAAACCUCUGAGCGCGAAAAGCAGAUGUAUGCGUGCGUUUCAAAUAACUUAUAGAAAAAAAUCGCUAUUAUAAAAACGCCUAAACGUUGUUUACGGCGAACACUUAGUUAGUGAGUGCACGCGUAACAGUGAUUUAGGGAUUUCCUUCGCCAGCAGUUCACUAGUUACGAUUUAAAAUGUUCGAACUGUGCGGUUAUUUAGCAACGCAUGUAUAGUGUAUUGUGCUUCAAAAAAAAAAAAAAAUACAAGUGAAAAGUUGGGCCUUUGGCAAAAAUAAAAAUAAAUACAUAAAAGAUUAUUACAAUUUCUGUUCUGCAUGAAUAUUCGUAAAGUUGUACGUAAUUGAUAUUAGAUAAGAGCUUCAGAGCUCUAGAAUAGAUCGCAGUGAUGCAAAAAGAGAAGGAAUAAAUUCGAAGUAUUAAUGAGUGAUAUGAAAAGAGAAUUUCGUUUGAUAAAAAAUGUUCUAAGAUAAUUAAUUAAUGAUAAUAAUAAUAAUAUUAAAAUAAAAAGAUGCCAUUAAAAAUAUGUUAACGGCGUUGGUGUUACUUAGCGCCCGAAAAUUUGCUUAACAUUUAAUGGUGAUUUAAAAAGCAAGCAAACGGAAACAAGGUGCGCGUCUCGUUAGCCUCUUAACCACAGACACAUUCUCUAAAGCUUGCUUGUAUUAAUUAUUGUAAACUGUCAACUUACUUCUUGGAUUUGUGACAAAUAGUGCCUCAGUUAUUCACGAUUUCUUUAAGAUUGUUGCUUUUGCCGGUUUUUUUGUUUUUCUUUUUUUUUUUUUGGAGUCUCGCGGCUAUUGUGCGCGUUUUCAUUUUGGCAUCGAGAAACACUUGUCAUUUCGUCGACGUUAUCGUCGCGGCCGUCGCUGCUACUAAAUAAUUUUUGUGUGUGAGAAAAUUUUUUUUUUUUUACGUACGUGGUCGUAUGUUCGUUGGCGAUUGCAAAUGUGUGUGCGGUUAUAAUGUUUACCUUUUGAGAAAAUUUAAGAUUUUGCAAUAACUUUUUUUACGAGCUUAUUGAUAGGCGCAUACUUUGUGGAGGAGUGUGUAAACUGAAGAAAUCAAACUAGAUAAAAAAAAAAGAAGCAAAAAUAUAAGAAAUAUAUAUAUAUAUAUAUAUAUAAAUAUAUAAAUAUAUGCAUAUACAUGUAUAUAUUUAUAUAGAGAUACAUAAGUAAAAAUGCUUAUAUCGGUAUGUAUUAGAAAUUUGACAUCAGUGUGCGUUGAACUUAUAAAAGGUUCAGUGAAGCUCACAAUGUAAAUGAUGAGCUCAUAAAUUUUCAUUAAAUCGUAAAAAAAACUAAACGUAACCAGUGUAAGAGGGCAAAAAAAUUCUUGAGAAGCAAAGAAGCAAAAAAAAAAAAAAAAAAAAAUAAGAAAAGAAUUCACAGCGACACUUUUCACAGCACAUUGAAACUGUACAAGUAAUAAAAAACGACGAAUAUGGCAAACGCCCAGAAUUCUAUUAGGCGUAUAUGUACAACAACACUACCACGACGAUUUGUGGUUGAUGAUGAUGACGAUGAUCGCAUUAAAACACGCAAGAGAAGGAGGUGGCAUUCUAACACGCCAUUCUAUGGAUCGACAAAGUUUAUGCUGUUUGUGCUAUUGCUGUUUUCAGGCUGUAUGAUGUUUUUAUGGUCUCCAGUUGCUGCUGAGGUGAACUCAAGUGCGAACGAUGACAAUGAGAACAGCGACCAUAACUAUGAAGUUGAUGAUGUUGGUGGCAAUAAUAAAAAUAACAAAAACAAUACAAGCAAUAACAACAAGCACAACAACAUCAAUGACCAUGACCAUGAUCUUGACAAAGCUAUAUUAGACACUUCUGCCGCCGUUCAUGGCAAUGGUGUGAGUGCAGAAGAAGGUGAUAGGAAUAGUGCUAAUGAUUUUCAUGGUGCCACAAUUGGUAAGACAGAAGUCCUAGAAAUGCGGCAACAUCAUGCUUUGCGACAUCAAGAGCACUAUAAGCAACGUAUAGAGCAAGCGGUUAAUGACUUUAAACGUCUUACUGAAGAUGCAUCAUCAUCAUCAUCAUCAUCAUCAUCAUCAUCAUCAUCGUCAUCUUCAUCACCAGCAUUAACCAGUAAUAGCAGACGUUUGCGUUACCAGCAGAUACAAGCAGCCUUGCAAGAGUCGUCUCCAACUCAUCAUAGACGUCACGAACAACAUUUGUUACAACAAGAGCAAUUGCAUGUGCCAUUAAGUAAAUACGAUCAUCAUAUAAGGCAUGAGAAUCAUCACCAACAGCAACGUCUUUGGCCACUAAUGCGUCAUCAACGAUAUCAACGUUGGAAUUCUCUUUAUCCUAAAACAACAAUUGUAAACUUCACGGAAACUAAUACAGCAACAGCAACAGCAACAACAACAACAACAAAAACUCAACUAAUGCCUUCUGUUAAACCGCACUCUGGCAUUGAACUUGACGUCGUUGUUAAUGAUGACGACGAUAAUGAUAAUAACGAUGAUAUUAUUAGAAAUGAAAAUAAAACUUCUCAACGUUUAUUUGAUCGUGAGAGUUUAUAUGUUAAACACUCUCUGCCAUCGUGGACACCAACCACAAAUGCUCCGCACUUAAGACAUAGUAAUCAUAAGAAGGCUGAGUUUCUAAAGAAGCAUUUAAUCAGCGAGAAAGAACAACAGCUUGAGAAGACCCCGGAUGAGUCACAAUUAAGAUUUUCCUUGCCUUUAAAUAUUUUGGAUAAUGAUGAAAAUAAUUUGGAAGAUUUGAAAAGUAAAGUUUUUAAUGAGAAUUCGCAUAAUGAAGAGCAUAACGACAACGAUAAUAAUAAUAGCGAUGAUGCUGACUAUUCAUACGAAGAUUCGGGUGAAGAGCAGCAAAAAAAAAGUGUUAAAAAAUAUUUAAAAUCUGUACCAGAAUCUAAAAAAAUAUCUGUUAAACGUUAUACAAAUCCUUUAAGAGAUUUGUACCGUUCAUCUAACCACCCAAGAUACAACUUUAAGCAACAACAACAACAUAGCCAUUUGGAGGAUAACUUUGGUGAAGAGAGUAAUAACGAUAACAAUAAAAACAAUAGUGAAGGUGAAGACAGUGAAAAUAAUCGCAUUGAUAGCAGCAGCAGCGGCAGCGAUAAAGACAUUGAAGAUGACAGCGAAGAUAAUGACGAUGAUAGUAAAUUUUCUGAUGAGAAAUGGAAUAAAAUAGAACAUGAACAUUAUCGUAAACAAUUGCAACAUCAGCGAGCAAUGCAAGCAUUACGAACAAGACAUUCAAGUGGUUUUAACGUUAACACUAAAAAUGUAAAUCCAGUUAAUAAUAAUAAUAACAAAUUUCCAAUAUCGCAAGCAUCCUCCUACACGUCCUCCUCCGCAUACAACACGGCAGCCAAACGUCAAAUACUUGAUGAUGACGAUUCUGAUAUUUAUUCGCGUUAUUAUGUACCCGGCUCAGUAACUCGGGCCAAGCAAGAAGAACUAGGUUCACCUAGCGCAGUUCUGGAAUCACGACGUGCUCACGCUAUCAAACAACGUCAACAUAAGGCUUUGGCUAGUGCUCAUCACCGUCGCAUUGUCGGCGAAGCCAUAUGCCGCUUGCCGCAGCCGCGUGUCGAACGUAUACGUCGGGAUCCAUGGAAAAUCUAUACGCCUCAUUGCACGGUACUACAUCGUUGUGCUGACGAUACUGGUUGCUGUCCCAGCGAACGUCAAACAUGUGCACCGAAACGUACCAAAACCGUAGAUUUAUAUUUCUUCGUCAUAAGCCUGAAUGAAACGCAGGGCAGUAUUGAACGUUUAACUUUUAUCAAUCAUACCGAAUGUCAUUGCGUGGAAAAGUCAAAGCAACGUGCACCCGAAUAUGCUAUAGACUAUCAUCAGUUAUAUGGCGGCGGUUUAGAAGGUAUAACCAAUAAUCAAUUUCCUUAUUUGCGUCGCGCCACUGUCCUAAAUUGCAAUUGUCCCAACUUAUUCGAGAAGAUAUUGCAAGAAGACGGUUAUUGCCGUUGCGAUUGUUCUUCGGGUAACACGGGCUGUGACUGGCUAAAACGGGGAAUGGAACAUUUUUCGAUGAAUGAUCGGAAAUGCAUUCUUGAGGGACGUUGCAAAUUACCGACCUGUGAGUAUGGGGCGUACAUUAAAAGACAUGGACGUUGCCCUCGUCGUGAGGAGCGGCAACUAUCGGCAGAUGUAGAUUGGUGAGCAGGCGUCGAAACUGACUUUAAUAUUGUUGCCAUAUGGCCUGUGACUGAAUGUUUAUGUUAAGCAGUUAGCUCUAAUCAAGUGGUAGCGCAAAGACCAUUAAUUCUAAUGAAUAAUGAAAAUUAAAACAUUUUAUCGCAAUUACAUAUAUACAUCUACAAAUAACAAUGUAAUUUAAUAUCAAACAGCAAAUCGAACAACACAUAAAUCAAGUAUUAAAAGUAAUUUAUUAUUAGAAUUUUAAUUAAAGAGAAAUUUGGGCAAAACGAAGAUGAGAUUUGCAGACAAAGUAGAAAAACCAGUAAAAAAAGCAAAAAAAAAAAAA